AUGAAAAUAACAAUUCAAGUUACAUGUACAAUCUUUGUUUGUGUACUGUAUACACAGGAUGCAUUCAUAAAGAUUGGACGCAAUGAAGGCGUGACAUCUCUAUGGAGUGGAUUGCCACCAACGCUGUUGAUGGCUGUUCCAGCUACUAUGAUAUAUUUUACAGCCUAUGACCAAUUAAAAAUGUUUCUUGGGUUUGGUCGUAAAAAUGCAGCUGCAGUUUGGUGGAUUCCUAUGUCUGCAGGGAUAAUAGCCAGAAUUGGUGCUGUAUCUGUUAUAAACCCUCUGGAGCUUAUCAGAACCAAAAUGCAGUCAAAAGCAUUGACUUACACAGAGCUUAAAAACUGUGUUAAAACUGCCAUUGCACAGGAUGGUUGGCUGUCACUAUGGAGAGGACUAGCUCCAACACUUUUGAGAGAUGUUCCAUUUUCUGCAAUGUACUGGACAAACUAUGAAAUCUUCAAAUCUGUUUUAUGUACAAGAUGCGAGCUUAGAGAACCAACGCUGGCAAUCAGUUUUGCAUCAGGUGCUGUCUCGGGAAUGAUUGCGGGUGUUAUGACCAUGCCAUUUGAUGUAGUCAAGACGCACAGACAAACUGAGUUGGGAGAAAAAAACAUACCAGGAAAACAAAUGCCAACAUCUACACUGUCAAUAAUGAAGAAGAUUUAUAGGGAGAGAGGUACAAGAGGAUUAUUUGCAGGAAUGACCCCAAGGAUAAUCAGAGUAGCACCAGCAUGUGCCAUAAUGAUCAGCAGUUAUGAACUCAUGAAGUCGUUUUUCAGAAAACGCAAUUUACGGCUGCUGGAAAAUGGAUAAACUUGCAGCUUCAUGCAAUCUACUCCUUACAAUUUGUUGUUGGAUCUGAAGGCCUAGUAUGUAAUCCCUGGGAUGAGAAAAUAGAGAUGAAGUUAUUAAAAUUUUUUCUGCUGGCACAUCCUGAUUUAAUGGAAAUGAAGACAGUGGGAGGCGCCAUUAACCCAAGUGUUUUCCUACCAAAAUUUGAAAUACAAGUUUAUCUAGGUUCAUUGACAAUUUAAGACAAUCAACAAAAAUGUAAAUUUGCAUAGUUUUGGGUCACAAUUUAGUGACAAACAUCUUGAUUACUAUUUACUGGGAAACAAAUGUAUCUUACGCAGGACUUUGUGUGGAGGGAUAUGUUUUGAAAUAAGACUUUUACUCUAAGAGAUUUCAGCUGCAAUUUGCUUCUAGAUCUAUUACGAAGGCAUUACCCAAGAAUUACUGAUUUAUGAGAACCCAAAACUGUCAUAGCUUAUUCACAAUUGGAGGGCAGUGCUCUCCCUGUUGCAAAUUUGAAUACAAUUGACAGAUUUGGAAUCCAUUCAGUGCCGAUUGGUCUAUUUUUUACUAAAAAAUGUCAAGAUGAAUUAGGAAACAUUACAUGAUGUAUACAAGAAAUGGUUGCCAUUCAUUGAUUUCUAUUUUCAUUUACUAACUCGCAAAAAGAGCACCCAACACAAGUGAUUUAGUUUGUCAGCCAAUUCAUAUCUUUUACCGAUAAAUGAUUUGGGGCCCAUGAGGUAUAUGUAACACAUGUAAAACCAUUUUAAUGUGCUAUGCAAUGGCCUGAAAGAGAAAUAUAAAUAUACUUUUUAUUCAAAGCUAGUUUAAUAUUUUAAGUAGUUAUUUUGAUGCUGUUUAGUAGACAACCUACUGAUGGACAAACCAUAAAAUUAUGUAAAUAUAUAUAUAUUAACGAUUUUGCAGUUUUGAAUAUAUAUAGUGCAAGAUGUGAAAAAACUAGAUUUGAGUGUGUCCACUCGUUUGAGUAGAGUUGUACGAUAAUGUAAGCAGUGGUUCAGCAUAUCAUUGCUAUGUUAUUAUGUAAGAUUGAA